GUGCUGUGGCGAUCUACAGGGACUUGGCUAAACUGUCCCAUGUUGCCUUCAGUUCCUAGUGGCUGAUUGGGAGCAGUCAGACUGUUGACUCAAUUUGUGUUUUUUCUGUUUCUCUGUGCUGCAGUAUAUGCACUUAGAAACCUGCCUGGUGUUCCUUGUACGUUUGGCGUUCAGUUUGGCCUGAUAUGCAGGUCUGAUUACUUUUUUGCUUGCUGCUCAACUGACUGAGGAACUAACUAACUAAAAGGAGUUUUAAAAUGUAAUAUUUUGUAGUUUUUUGGAUUCAGACACCAGCAUAGGCACUCUGGUGUCGUCUUGUCCCAUCCCCUCAUAGGCUGUGCUGUUGGUUGUUGUGUGUUUGGGUUUUUUUUGUUUGGUUUUUUUUGUUUGCCCAGCUAAUAAGCAUUUCUGUUUGGACACAGCUGUCAUUCUUUCAUUACAGUUUUCCUGCGCAGCCUCAUGAGCUUAUGUUGCCUAAAGGGUGGACCAGGAGGGAGAAAUGUGAUCCUCUGUUUUGUGGUGUUUUGGGGCAGAAGCAACAGUGUGUGGUUUCCAUGGAAAAGGCCAGAGAAGGGGGCUCUGUGAAUGUUCUACCCCUAUGUCUCUGGUUCAAGUGAAAUCGAAGCCGGCUAGCGUAGCACUGCAAGCCCCGCCCUGGAACUCCUUGUUCAGACUCUUCUCAUGUGUAGCCACAAGGAACGUGCACAGGACUAAAGAGGUCCCCACAUUUCAAGAGAAGACGAAAGCCUUAUUUGGAAAUCUUAUGGACGAAGAAAUGAGUCGCCAGACUGCCACCGCGCUGCCCACAGGAACCUCCAAGUGCCCCCCCUCUCAGCGUGUGCCCACUCUGUCAGGCACCACUGCCUCCAACAGUGACCUGGCCAGCCUGUUUGAGUGUCCUGUCUGCUUCGACUAUGUCCUACCCCCCAUCCUGCAGUGCCAGUCCGGACACCUGGUGUGCUCCAACUGCCGGCCCAAGCUCACAUGCUGCCCCACCUGUCGAGGCCCCCUGGGCUCCAUCAGGAACCUGGCCAUGGAGAAGGUGGCCAACUCUGUCCUCUUCCCCUGCAAGUACGCCUCAUCGGGCUGCGAAGUCACCCUGCCUCACACCGACAAGACGGAGCACGAAGAGCUGUGCGAGUUUCGGCCGUAUUCCUGCCCCUGCCCCGGCGCCUCUUGCAAGUGGCAGGGCUCCUUGGACGCUGUCAUGCCUCACCUGAUGCACCAGCACAAGUCCAUCACCACACUGCAGGGGGAGGAUAUUGUGUUCCUAGCCACGGACAUCAACCUCCCGGGCGCGGUGGACUGGGUAAUGAUGCAGUCCUGCUUCGGCUUCCACUUCAUGCUGGUGCUGGAGAAGCAGGAGAAGUACGACGGCCACCAGCAGUUCUUCGCCAUCGUGCAGCUCAUCGGGACCCGCAAGCAAGCGGAGAACUUUGCCUACCGGCUGGAGCUCAACGGGCACCGGCGCCGCCUGACCUGGGAGGCCACGCCACGCUCUAUCCACGAGGGCAUCGCCACGGCCAUCAUGAACAGCGACUGCCUGGUGUUCGACACGUCCAUCGCACAGCUGUUUGCGGAGAACGGCAACCUGGGCAUCAACGUCACCAUCUCCAUGUGCUAAGAACUUUGAAGAGAAGAAGGUCAAAAAGUUACAGAUUGUCAGGGGGCAUUUUUUUAGGGGUCAAAUCAGUUGUGACCUCACAGCGCCUCCCUCCCCCCUCUCUCUGCUUCACCCCUUGAGAUGUGGAACUGGACUGUCUGAUCAGGCAGCCGUGGAGGCUGAGGGGGUGGGAUGGAUGGAUGGAUGAAUGGACAGAUGAGUGGAGAAAUGAAUAAACAUAAGGACAUGGCUGUGUAGUGAUGGCUGUAGACUAAACACACACACACACACACACACACACACACACACACACACACACAAUAUAUGUGAGACUCAUGUACGCAUGCAGUCUCGCCCUCUCAUGGUCAUCAACACGGACGCAAACUGAAAAGCUGUUCAGUCAAACACGCUUGUCAAACUCCCGUCUCUUCAAGUGAUUUCCCACCACUCUCAUUGUAGUGUCUCUCUUUCUUCUCUUCCCCCUCUGUCAUUGUCACACAUUUCAGACACUACAGCGCUCUGACAUUCACUCAGAUGCUGGAGGCUGGUCACCUCUGAGCAACUAUGUCCCUUGACAGCUACGCACUGAGGAAGACUCAAGCUUUGUUUCAGCUCAGACUCCUGGCCAGUGCUGAAUAGACCCCCCCCCCCCUCUUCAUCAAUUCCCAAGUAUUUGUAAUCCACCUCAGUACCUGUCAGACCUCCUGGAUCAAACGGUUCACACGCUACCGACACGUGUAGGGCUACAACAAAAAGUGGCAGUGACUAGGUUUCACAGUUUCAUGUGUUAGCCAGCUCAUACUGGAACCCAGAGCCAAUGAAGUUCCUGUUCGCAGACUGAAAUGACUACCGAUGGCUGGGAUUGGAACCGUCACCCAUAGACGUGGAUGGCUGUAGCACCCAUACUCCAGUAAAGGAACUCAGUCUUUAGACGAUCCGGACAGGCUCAUCUGGUUUCCUUCCGGCCCACACCUGGUCCCCUACCGGUCCACCCAAGGCUAAAGAUUGUGCAUUGGAUGCUCUUUAAAUAGUUGACUGUCGUCGUUGAUAGUUAUUAGAACAGACUCUGCUCUCAUACUGUGUGGAUUUAAGAAGGCCGUCAGCUACAUCAGCCCUGGAUUUUGUUUUUUUUAUUUGGUUAUUUCAUGAAGUGGACACGGAGUUCACACACACACACACACACACACACACACACACACACACACACACACACACACACACACACACACACACACACACACAAACUCA